AUGCCUGUGGUGAUCGUCUCGGCGCUGGACCGGAGCUUCCCCGACCCGACGUGCAACCAGCUGCGCUACCCGGCGGACGACUGCCUCAAGGAGCCCGUGCAGACCCGAGUCGAAGUCGUGGACAACGUCGACGGCUCGCCCAACUGCGUCAACGGUGCGCGCACCGCCGUGUUCGAGCACUCGACGUCCAACUACCGCGGCCAGACCAGCCUCUUCUUCGCCAAGCACCAGUUCAACCUCAAGUUCCCCGAGGACACGUCGUUCCUGGGCAUGGUGGAGAACAAGGCCUUCGUCAUGAACGGGCCCUUCCUCGACUGCACCUUGCUGCGCAACCACUUGGCCCAUUGGCUCUACCGUUCUACCGGCCGCUACUCGGUGAAGACCCGCCACGCCGUCGUGUACAUGCGUACUACCCCCGAGCAGGAAGAACCAAAGUACUCUGGAAUCUACCUACUCCUGGAGAAGCCCACGUACGACAAGAACCACGUCAACUUGGCGUCCAUGGACGCGGCGUGUGCCGCGCGAGACCCCAAGGUCAUGAACGGCGGGUGGGCGUGGUCGAACGAUCCUCCCAGCUACGGCUCGUACUCGCCCAACAUGGUCAUCGACCAGUACCAGAACGAGUUCGGCAUGGGGGAACGCCCCUUGUUGGCGCACCCGAGCGGCUCGCAGCUCUCGCAGCAGAUGCGCGACUACUUCGUCAACACCGACACGGGCUUCCUGCCCCAGAUGUACCGCGCGCUCUGGAACAACAUGACGGCGCCUCUGGAGCUCCAGAAGCACUUGGAUCUCGGCUCGUUCGCCGACUACCUGCUGCACACCGAGAUGUCGCUCAACGUGGACGCGUACCGCCGCAGCACCUUCUUCUUCAAGGACCGGGACCAGCCCAUUAACGCCGGACCCGUGUGGGACCUCAACCUCGCGUACGGCAACGGCGCCCGACGCAACUUUAAGGACUGGAUCUACCCGCAGUACACGUACUGGAAGCGCCUCAUGUGCCACUCGCAGGUCGCGUCGCUCGUGAUCCAGCGCUGGAAGACGCUGCGCGGCACGAACGCUCAAAAGGCGGACGAUCCGGUGUUCGGAUCCUGGGGCGACGACGCCAUCUCCAAGUUCCUGGACGCGAGCGCGGCGCCUGUGCACCGGCAGCUCUCCAAGUGCCAAGGCGGGGACUGGCGCAGCGACGUCGUGCAGUGCGCGGUUGUCGACCUGCAGACCUGCAACGGGACGUACGCGGAGAAGGUGACGGACCUGCGCGACUCGGUCUUGAACCGCGCGCGCUGGAUGGACGAGCGCAUCGAGCAGCUCUACAAGCUGCUGGACGCCCAGACGUGCUCGGGCGUGGGCGAACUCCCCAAGUACAACUGCGGACUGGACGGCAACGACGACGGCUGCUUGUCGAACGCGGAGAAGUACUACAACGCCGUGCAGUUCCCACCGGUGCGCCAGCCGUACACUGGGCCAUCAUGCGAGGAGACUAUGACCCCGUACCAGAAGGCAUCGGUCGACUACUGCUGGAAGUCGGCGGGCAGCUACGUGUACCCGCAGCAGAAGGGGGUCAAGGACAAGACCCUCACCCCGUUCUGCAGUGGCUACGGAUCGUGCGCGCAGGGCCCCGGCGCGACGUGCAACUGCUCGGCUGCCAUUGACGUUGAGCACCCGUCCUGCCGCCGCAUUGACGCUGAGAACGAGCACUACGCGCGUGAGCAGCAGAAGAUCGCGGCGGCUGCGAUGGUGGCCAAGACGACGACGACGACUGUGGCUGGUACCCAGACUGCAAGUACCGAGACCAACGAGAAGGACGCGUUGCACAGCUCUCGAUCUCCAUUGUCGGAUGCGAUGGCCGUUGUGGCGGCUGCCGCUGCUGGUAUUGUGCUGUUGGCUCUGGGCACGUGGCUAGUCAAGGAGCACGGCCGUCGUCGCCGCCGCCACCGUCUGAGCGAGUACACUCCGGUGCGGUACGGCAGCGUGGAGCACGCGCGCAUCUUCGCCCCGCUGCCAAACCUCUAG